GUCGGGAGGGAGCGGGGCCGGCCUAGUCGAGGGCGAGGACAGGGCUCGGCGGGAGCGGAGGCGACGGGAGCUUCCGGGCCCGCGGGGUUUUGGCCCGGGCGGCCCCCGGGGCUGAGGCAGUGGCAUCUUUCUUACCUUGUGGGUUCUCUGGGCUCGAGAGCGUAUUUCCGGAGCCAUGUCAGAAGGAGUGGACUUGAUUGAUAUAUACGCCGAUGAAGAGUUCAACCAGGACUCAGAGUUCAACAAUACAGAUCAGAUUGACCUGUAUGAUGAUGUGUUGACGGCCACCUCGCAGCCCUCAGAUGACAGAAGCAGCAGCACUGAACCACCCCCUCCCGUUCGCCAGGAGCCAUCUCCCAAGCCAAACAAUAAGACCCCUGCAAUUCUGUAUACCUACAGUGGCCUGCGGAAUAGACGAGCAGCUGUCUACGUAGGCAGCUUCUCCUGGUGGACCACAGACCAACAGCUGAUCCAGGUUAUUCGCUCUAUAGGAGUCUUUGAUGUUGUGGAGUUGAAAUUUGCAGAGAACCGAGCAAAUGGCCAGUCCAAAGGGUAUGCUGAGGUGGUGGUAGCCUCUGAAAAUUCUGUCCACAAAUUGUUGGAACUCUUGCCAGGAAAAGUACUUAAUGGAGAAAAAGUGGACGUGAGGCCGGCUACCCGUCAAAACCUAUCACAGUUUGAGGCGCAGGCUCGGAAACGUGAGUGCGUCCGAGUCCCAAGAGGGGGAAUACCUCCACGAGCCCACUCCCGAGAUUCUAGUGAUUCUGCUGAUGGACGGGCCACCCCCUCUGAGAACCUUGUACCCUCAUCUGCUCGUGUGGAUAAGCCCCCCAGUGUGCUGCCCUACUUCAAUCGCCCUCCUUCAGCCCUUCCCCUGAUGGGUUUGCCUCCACCCCCAAUUCCACCCCCACCGCCUCUCUCCUCAAGCUUUGGUGUCCCUCCUCCUCCUCCUGGCAUCCACUACCAGCAUCUCAUGCCCCCGCCUCCUCGAUUACCUCCUCAUCUGGCUGUACCUCCCCCUGGGGCCAUCCCACCAGCUCUUCACCUCAAUCCAGCCUUCUUCCCCCCACCAAAUGCUACAGUGGGGCCGCCACCAGACACUUACAUGAAGGCCUCUACACCCUAUAAUCACCAUGGCAGCCGAGAUUCGGGCCCUCCGCCCUCUACGGUGAGUGAAGCUGAAUUUGAAGAGAUAAUGAAGCGAAACAGAGCAAUUUCCAGCAGUGCCAUUUCCAAAGCGGUAUCUGGAGCCAGUGCAGGGGAUUACAGUGACGCCAUUGAGACACUGCUCACAGCCAUUGCAGUUAUCAAACAGUCCCGGGUCGCCAACGAUGAGCGUUGCCGUGUCCUCAUCUCCUCUCUUAAGGACUGUCUUCAUGGCAUCGAGGCUAAGUCCUACAGUGUGGGUGCCAGUGGGAGUUCUUCCAGGAAACGACAUCGGUCCCGGGAGAGGUCACCCAGCCGGUCCCGGGAAAGCAGCAGGCGGCACCGGGACAUGCUUCAUAACGAAGAUCGGCAUGAUGACUAUUUCCAAGAGAGGAACCGAGAGCAUGAGAGACACCGGGAUAGAGAGCGGGACCGUCACCACUGAGAAAGGAGUCUGGGUGGAAGCAAAAUUUUUUUUAAUGGACUUGCAUCUCCUCACCUUGAUCAGGACUAAAGGACGGAGGCCGUUCCACCCUUUUCCCUUCUUCCAAACCCCUAACUUCCUCCAGACACCCAGGCAAUACCCUCUGCCCUACAGGAUUGAAGAUGGCUUGGCAGCCCUCCCAAUCUUAUGCCUCCUGUUUGCCAGGGGAAAAGAAUCUAAAGACUUCAUGGGGUAGGGGAUGGGGGUAGACAGGAAAAAACAACAUGUCCAGCCCCUAGUCUUCACAGAGAAUGGUGCUUUGUCCAAGGAAACCUGAGUUUCUGAUUCUCCAGGAGCAGUGCAGUGGUGAAGUUAAUGGGAAAACUUCUUCCCAAAGAAAAUGGAUCCUCCAUGUGGGAUCUUAGGAGACUGGGUGUGCCAAAAAAAAUGCCCAGGGUCCUGCCCUCAGCACUAGAUUUGAUGGGGCCAAGAGGGUCCAAAACCCUGCUAAUAUAACCACUCUUUUCUUUAACUCCCUUACUUUCCCAGCUUUUUGUGGAGGGGACCAUGAGAACAGAAACUACCUUUUGACAAGCUGCUGUUCUUGAUUUUUCUCCUCUUAUGUAUUGACGGUUUAUUUCCCUGGCCUCAAGGCUUUUGACUCCUUACUGUCUGACCUCCUAAGUGGAGUUGGCUCUCCGAAGCAGAACCCAGGAGGUUGCUUUCUGAUGGAAGCCUGGCCCAGCCAGUUGCUACCAUCCCCAGCCAGUUGCUACCAUCCACUGCUUCGAGCUUGGUUGUUCCCUUUCCCUGAGGCUUUUCCAUUGAACAUGGUGUCCUUUCCCCGAGAAGGCUGCUUCCUUGUUUUAAAGGAAGUUCCGCACUGCCUUUGGAAGAUAGGGAUAUCACAAGGCCUCAGCAGUGAAGAACCCUAAAGUACCAGUGAAGUACCAGGAGCCAGGAGAAGGCAGUCUAAGCAGGAUAUGGCCUAGUUUUGCACAAGCUCUUUUUUCAGGUUUGAUGUAAACAUGGGCUUGCAUCCCCAGGGUACGUACUUUGAUUUGUUGUGGGAUAACCUGGCACUAGUAGGCAGGUAAAAUCACAAAUUUGGCGUCUUUCCACCCUUUGAAUAUUGACUUAAUAUUCCCCCUUGCUCUACCUGGAGGUGCUUCCUGCCUUUGACAAAAAGCAGAGAAGAAAUGGAGCCUGACUUGAAUGAGCUUAGCUCUGGUCCCACUGGGGGCCAUUUUCUGCAUAGGCAAAUAGAAUUGCUUUUCCCAGCCUCCAAAUUGCAAUAGAUUGCUGCUGAAGGAGGCAGCAAAGUGGUCCUGGAGUACCGUGGGGUGAUGCUCCUUCUGCAUGCAUCUGCAGGGCCUAGGACAGCUAAUAUAAGAGAUGUGGCAUGUGAAAUGAGACUUGGAGUGUGGGGCAUAGGGCCAUUGGAGAACCUGGCUCAGAGGGGAGAGACUGAGUUGAAUUGAACCCUUCCUCUCUUCCUAGCACGUUUCUGAUAGACCCCCUCAGUGACUGAGGGAGUCUUCCCAGGAUUGGAGAGGCACAUUCCCUUGGGACAGAGGCUACAGGUUGUAGUUCUUUUCCCAUCCCCCAAGCCAAUACCUGUCUCCACUUCAGAACAUGGCACGCUGCCCAGUAGGCCAAGUGUUAAGUGAUGUGCUUAUUCUUCAGAGCAGCUCUGGGUGUCUUUUUAAAAUGUAGAGAAAAACCAAGUAAGGUGACAGUUAAGGAAAAACAAUAUAUAGAAUAUCAGAAAAGCCGUUUACCUGGAGAAUUGUUUUCUCCCCAUUUUUUGUUUUGUUUUUACUCAAUGACACAAUUUAGUUUUCCUGAUAGCAAAAGGAAAAAAAAAAUCCCAAACCUCAAAAGGCCAAGGCCCCAUCCCCCUGUUGUCGGUGGUUUGUCUUUCUGAUAGGUUGAAAAUUGUGUAAUAAACUUGAUGACGAUGUCAAUCUUUUAUACUGCAUUGUAUUUUUUUCCUUUUGUAACAAAAUAUUUUUAAAUAAUAAAUGGGGUGUGAGCUGUUUUAUGGA